GACGGCGAUGAGCCGACGACGCCCGGCAGGCGGCGCAAACCUUUGCGACUUGCAACAAACACAAGACGAGGAUGAAUGAAGCAGCAGCAGCCAGCACUGAUCCUCUUGCCAAGCCGGGUGAUGAAGCGACAGAAAGCCCAAUAAGAUCUAGAGGCGCGGCCCACAUUUGUACAUGGGCCUGGUUCAUCUCUAUAGCCAAGUCAACGGCGAUCUCUGCACUGAAGUGUGACAAGUCAAACUCGCCUUCCCUCUGAUGCCCAAAUCUCUCUGGGAUUGGGAUCUCCAGUUGCCCGAUCCCCUUCCAUGACACGCGAAAUGCACGCCAUCCUCGCUGGGAUUCCGCAGUCCCUCCGGCCCGCGGUGCUGAUCGCCUCGACGUGCGCGCUGCUCCUCCUCGCCACCGCGCUACUCCUUCCGCGCGCUCCUCCGGCGGCGCCGGCGGCGGCGCUGACCACUGUCACCGACGCGGACGCCGUCCGCUUGGACGCUAGCGUCACCCGAAGGAACGGCAACGAGGUGCUGUGGCAGCUACCGCCCCCGUCGUCCCCACUGCGAGCCGCGUUGUUCGCGGCGCCCGGGUGCACCAUCCGCGCCACCGACUUCUUCGACGCCUCCCCGGGCUGCCCGCGCUGCACGGGGCUUCCCGAGGAGCGCCGUUUCACCCGCGCCGCGCUCAGCCGCGGGUACGCCGUCCUCGCCGUCUCCAGCCGCGCCAAGUGCUGGUCCCUCGACGACGCCGGCGGCGGGGAGGACGGCAGCGAGCUCGCCGCCGUCCAGUCCAUCAUCAAGUGGUGGACCACAGAGAAGUACCCUCAGCUCGCGGGCCUCCCACUCUUCGGCAUCGGCGCGUCCUCGGGCGGGUACUUCCUCUCCGCGCUCGCGGCCAGGGUUAAGUUCAGCAGCGUGACCGUCAUGAUCGCGGAGGGCAUGUACGGGACCAUGGCCGAGAUCCCCACCGGGUAUCCGCCGGCGCUGUUUGUGCAUAUGCCCAAGGACACCGAAAGGGCGCGGUUGGUUGCGGAAAGCAUGGACAAACUCAGGGAGAAGCACGUCGACGUGCGGGAGAUCCAGUGCGAUGACUUCGCCGUGAGCGCGGAGUUCCUGGCGGAGAGGGUGCCGGGGCUGACCUGGGCCUUCGCCAACGCGCUGGUGGACAUGCUUCGGCGGAAGGGAUUCGUGGAUGAGAAGGGGAUGCUGAAGAAGGACGGGAGGAGAACGCCGUGGAAGGAGGCGGCUGAGGAGGCCAAGGUGCUGCCUGAGCGGUUCGGUCUGGAGAGGCAUGUCACCGAGGAGCUCAAUGUUGCCUAUGCGUACCAUGAGUUCACCAGCCUGAAGAAUACUGAAGUCUUCCAAUGGUUUGAGUCCCAUAUGAAUCAUUAGGACUGAUGCCCAACUAGCUUGCAUACCACAGUGAACCGAGUAAUCUUCUGAUUGUUUGAAGAUCCACUUUUGACCAUGAUCUACAAUAGCAGAAAAGUUAGAGCAAGACCUUGUGUAAGACUUCUGCCCACAGCUUAUAGUUUACAACUUCCACUCAUAGUUUCUGGUAUGUUUGUAUCUCUAUUCACUACUUGUUACUUUGUUAGUGCAAAUUUUGGGAAGCAUGAAAAAUGUGCUGAUUACACCCAUUAUUGUUGUACCUGUACUAUUUUUCUUUUAGAAAGCAAUAAAAGUGUGCAAAUCUGGGAUUCUAGGCUU